UUUUCGCCGGGCGGGAUUUCCGCAAUAUCAAGUAUGGCGAAGACGUACGAUUAUUUGUUUAAGUUACUGCUAAUCGGAGACUCCGGUGUCGGCAAAACCUGCGUGCUGUUCAGGUUCUCAGAGGAUGCUUUUAACUCGACAUUCAUCUCUACCAUAGGCAUUGACUUUAAGAUUAGAACGAUAGAGCUAGACAACAAGAAGAUAAAGUUACAGAUAUGGGACACAGCAGGGCAGGAGCGAUUUCGAACAAUCACAACAGCAUACUACAGAGGCGCGAUGGGUAUCAUGCUAGUCUAUGACAUCACCAACGAGAAGUCCUUUGAAAACAUAAAGAACUGGAUACGGAAUAUAGAGGAGCAUGCAUCGGCUGAUGUUGAAAAGAUGGUCCUCGGUAACAAAUGUGACAUCAAUGACAAACGGCAGGUGUCCAAAGACCGGGGAGAGAAACUGGCGCUGGAGUACGGUAUUAAGUUCAUGGAGACUAGUGCAAAGGCCAACAUCAACGUGGAAAACUCGUUUUUGACACUUGCCAGAGACAUCAAAUCAAAGAUGGACACAAAAUUGGAGGGCAGCAGUCCUCAGGGGAGCAGCCACAAGGUGAAGAUCUCUCAGCCCCAGAAGAAGAGCAGCUUCUUCCGCUGUGCCCUACUGUGAGGACCAGACCAUGGGUGUAUACCAAAUGGCCCACUAUUCCAUAUAUAGUGUGCUAUGUUUGACCAGGGCCCAUAGAACUCUAGUCAAACGUAUUGCACUAUGUAGGGAAUAGGGUGCCAUUUGGGAUGCAUACCAAAGGCCUUACCUACCCUCCGCCUGCCCUGGCUGGGAUAUGCUGGGGUGCUGGCUGGACACAACUGGACUGUGCUUGCUCCCAGCACCCCCCUCUCCUUCUACCCUAUUCCCUUCAGCCAGUCCCAAUUCACUCCCCACCUCUUCCCCUCGGCCCUAACCCUUAGAUGUUUGUGUAUCUGAAGUGUUUGAAUAGAUAUAUGCAGUUGUUUACACCUUGCAUAUACAGCGAGCUCCAAAAGUAUUGGGACAGUGACACAUGUUUGGUUGUUUUGUCUCUGUACUCCAGCACUUUGGGUAUUUGUGCACCUGUCAUUCUUCUUUCACUUGUCAUUAUUCACGAUUCAUUCAGGACUAUCCGUAACCAUGGUAGCAUCCACAUUUAAUGUAGAUACGUUAAGAAACAUUCUAUUGUUAUUUACAAUAACAGUGACUGAAAAAAAUAGCACAAUAACAAACAGCAAAUGCAUCCAACAAAUCUGUAGAAUCACAAGCUUGACGUAGUCAUUGUGUGCUAUGAAUAUGUGAUGAAAUACUUCACGUUUAAUUACGUUAAUACAUGUAUAAGUGAAUUUGUCCCAAUACUUUAGUUCCCCUAACAUGGGGUGGGACUAUGUACAAAAAGUGCUGUAAUUUCUAAACGGUUCACCCGACAAUGAAAAUACCCUCAAAUGAAAGCUGACAGUCUGCGCUGGAGUACCGAACCUGAACAACCACGAAUGUGUCACUGUCCCGAUACUUUUGUAGCUCGCUGUUCGUGAACAUCGAAGACUUGGGGCCAAUGGUAAUUGGUAAGGAGAUAAUUAGGACAAGUUGCCUCUCUUGCGCUCUCUCUCCCUCACUGUCCACCUCUCCCAACGUCACGCCCUGGGGUAGCUGGAGUACGGUAACCGCGACUCCAUCCACAAUGGCCCCGUGACACCUGGUAAUGCUGCUGUCCUACCUGCGGCACACCAACCUCCUGUUUUCUCUCACCACGGGUCGGACAGACAGACCAACCGGUGGAAACACCACUUGUUUUUUAAGAAGGUUCAAAUGACAUGUCACACAGAAAAGCUCUUCUUCCUGUUUCACACUAGUCUCUAUGUACAUACAUUUUUCACAUGCAGCCACCUGGCUCCACACCUGCCAAAGUUGGAGCCCCGUUUACUUUUCAGUUCGACCGCUUGAAUGACCCAAAGGUUUGGGAUUGGGAACAUGAUGCGUGGAUGUUUAGAUACUAUUUGUAGGCCUCUCUUCCCCUAGCCACAUUGUUAACAUGAGCCAGAGACUAUUUGUAGGCCUCUCUUCCCCUAGCCACAUUGUUAACAUGAGCCAGAGACUAUUUGUAGGCCUCUCUUCCCCUAGCCACAUUGUUAACAUGAGCCAGAGACUAUUUGUAGGCCUCUCUUCCCCUAGCCACAUUGUUAACAUGAGCCAGAGACUAUUUGUAGGCCUCUCUUCCCCUAGCCACAUUGUUGACAUGAGCCAGAGACUAUUUGUAGGCCUCUCUUCCCCUAGCCACAUUGUUAACAUGAGCCAGAGACUAUUUGUAGGCCUCUCUUCCCCUAGCCACAUUGUUAACAUGAGCCAGAGACUGAUAAGCUUAUUUUUUUGAUGAAAGAGUUUUUAAAUGAAUAUAAUAUGACUUGAAUAUUCACAAUCCUUCAGGAAAGAUUGAUCGCUAAAUAAUUUAAUUACGCAGACUAAAAGAAAAUUCAAUUUGAAUGAUAUUCCGUUUUGUUUACAUUCCAAGAUAAUAAUUUGAUGCUAUUCUAUACAUGAGAGGCUUGCAACAGGCCUCUCUUCCUGGACAAAGUUAUUGUACUGAAUCCAAGUGUUUGACUUGUUUACUGCCAGUCCCAGAUGUUGUCUUGAGAACAAACACACAGCCUCUUAACCAUAGUGCUGCAGCACCACCUGAAAAAUUUGAAUUUAAAAAUAUAUUUAGACUUUUUUUUAUAUACAUACAGUACCAGUCAAAAUUUUGGACACCUACUUAUUCAAGGGUUUUUCAUUAGUUGUGCUAUUUCUUUCUACGUUGUAGAAUAAUAGUGAAGACAUCAACAUGUCAUGUUAUUUCAUAGUUAUGUAGUAACCAAAAAAAUUGUUAAACAAAUCAACAUAUAUUUCAGAUUUUUUAAAUUAGCAACCCUUUGCCUUGAUGACAUCUUUGCACACUGUUGGGAUUCUCUCAACCAGCUUCACCUGGAAUGCUUUUCCAACAGUCUUGAAGGAAAAGUACUAAGCACAUGUUGGCUGCUUUCUUUCACUUUGUGGUCCAAUUCAUCCCAAACCAUCUCAGUUGGGUUGAGGUCGGGUGAUUGUGGAGGCCAGGUCAUCUGAUGCAGCACUCCAUCACUCUCCUUCUUGGUCAAAUAGCCCUUACACAGGCUGGAGGUGUGUUGGGUCAUUGUCCUGUUGAAAAACAAAUCACAGUCACGCUAAGCGCAAACCAGAUGGGAUGGCGUAUCUCUACAGAAUGUUGUGGUAGCCAUGCUGGAUAAGAGUGCCUUGAAUUGUAAAUAACUCAUUGACGGUGUCACCAGCAAAUCACACCACCUCUGUGUUUCAUGGUGGGAACCACACAUGCAGAGAUCAUCCGUUCACCUACCCUGCAUCUCACAAAGACAUGUGCAGUUGGAAUUAAAAAAUCUCACAUUUGGACUCAUCAGACCAAAGGACAGAUUUCCACCAGUCUGAUGUCCAUUGGUUGUGUUUCUUGGCCCAAGCAAGUCUCUUCUUCUUAUUGGUGUCCUUUAGUAGUGGUUUCUUUGCAGAAAUUUGACCAUGAAGACCUGAUUGACGCAGUCUCCUCCGAACAGUUGAUGUUGAGAUGUCUUUUAAUUGAACUCCGAAGCAUUUAUUUGGGCUGCAGUCUAAGGUGCAGUUGUUCUAAUGAACAUAUCCUCUGCAGCGGAGGGAACUCUGGGUCUUCCUGGGGAACUCAUUUCCUGUGACGGUCCUCGUGAGAGCCAGUUUCAUCGUAGCGCUUGAUGAUUUUUACGACUGCGCUUGAAGAAACUUUUCCGACUUGACUGACCUUCAAGUAAUGAUGGACUGUCGUUUCUCUUUCCUUGUUUGAGCUGUUCUUGCCAUAAUAAUGACUUUGCCCUAUUUGGUAAAAGACCAUCUUCUGUAUACCACCCCUACCUUGUCACAGCACAACUGAUUGGCGCAAAUGCAUGAAGAAGGAAAUUAUUUACACAAAUUAACUUUUAACAAGGCACACCUGUUAAUUGAAGCUGGUUGAGAGAAUGCCAAGAGUGCAAAGCUGUCAUCAAGGCAAAGGGUGGCUACUUUGAAGAAUUUAAAAUACAUUCUGAUUUAACUUUUUUGGGGGGUUACUACAUGAUUCCAUAUGUGCUAUUUCAUAGUUUUGAUGACUUCAUUAUUAUUCUACGAUGUAAAAAAAAUAACAAUAAUAAGAUGAAAAACCCUGGAAUAAGUAGGUGUGUCCAAACUUUUGACUGGUUCUGUAUGUAUGUGUGUAUUCACAGGUGUACAGCACUGGGCCUUAAAUAGUCUUGUAUUAGCUUCCCACGGCUAUGCUCUUAACACAAGGCCUGGGACUACUUUUUCUACUCUAGAACAUUCUUGUGUGAAAUCUGUUGAAAUGUGGCCCAAUGGAGCAGGGCUAUUUAAUUCUUACCCUACGAGGGCCGGAGCCUGCUGGUUUUCCGUUCUACCUGAUAGUUAAUUGCACCUACCUGGUGUCCCAGGUCUAAAUCAGUCCCUGUAUAGAAAUUAGGGUGCCAUUUCGAAAGCAGCGAUAGUGUUUUUUUUUUUUUUUUUCAGUCAAGUUACAGCAACAACAUCCAUUUAUAAGCUCAUGUUUAUUCCCAGCUAUAUGACGUCUCUGGUAGUUAGCUAGUGAAACACUCAGCUUUUUCACUCUAAACUGGAGUGGCUGUCUGCUAGUACAAACAUCCAUGUUACAAUGUGGACGGACAAACAGACAAACCCCUUCUGAUCCAAUGCAAUCCAUCCCUUUGCACUUUACCAGUAACCCUUUGUGUUGUGUGUAGUCUGUGCCAAGUGAUAGUUUUGCAAUAUAGAACAAGCAUAUUUUUGUCCAUUUAAUUGAAUGACAUGAUCUGUUGGAUUUAUGGUAAUGGUUGGUAGAUACUUUGGGCACAUUUUAGAUGAGUGUUGUUUAUUACGCCUUUAUAAAUGGCUUCCUCUCCGUUGCUACUUCUGAUAUGACUUGUGUUCUAUGGUUCAGGGCCUUUGGUCACAAAUGUCCCUGAAUAUUAAUGCUGACCUAGGAUAAGGUUGUCUUAUUUGUUAUGAUUUAAAGACAAAACUGAUCCUAGAUCAGUAUCCUGCUCUGAGACGCUUUAAGAAUACAGGCCCUGGUAUCAGUUUUUAGUAAAAGGGUUUUUAGUUGUAUGCUACUGCCCUGACAAAUUUGAGUAUAAUCUAAAUGUGACGUUCUCUUGGCUUAUGAAGUCAAGCUAAAACUUCAUCAAGGUCUUGUGAGUCUUGGUUUCAUGUGGUCGUGUCUGUCUUUUUUUGGUCAGUACCUUGUUUGACAGCUAGGUGGCAGCGCAUCACCACCGGCAGCUGUUUAUAACAUUGGAAUAAUGCGUUGAAAGAAAUGUCCAGAAUUAUGAAUUGAAAAAUCCAUUGAAAAGCAGUGUGAUAUUUUUGAAUAUGUUUUGGAAGUGCUAGGAUAAAAUGGUGUGUAUAUAUGAUAGACACACCUAGGAUCGCUUGUGUCCUACGUUGA